GGGACCGGAUGUGACGUCAGAGAAGGCGGGGCGCUCGGGCGCCUGGGUCGUCGGCCAGGCUGCCACCAGCGCCGGCGCGUCGCCAUUGGCAGAGGCGGGAAUGGACGGGGCGCGGCCAGCCAAUGGGAAGGCAGCAUCCCCGGGGGCGGCCAAUGAGGCUCGAGGCGCCGGCAGGGCCCCUCAGCAAGGAGGCCAGGAGCCAGCCAAUGGGAGCGCACCGAGCUUGGAUCUGGCCAAUGAGCAGGAAGCUGACGGAGGUCAGUCCAAUGAGGGAAGGGGAACCCUGGGCUCAGCCAAUAAGGAGCUGAGGCCGCAGCAGACCGCGAAGGGCUCGUCCAAUGGGCCCGCAGAGGGCCGGGUCUCAGCCAAUGAGGAGAGAGGGCUGCAGGAGCCUCCCAAGGAGGCCGGGGCGCUCCGGGGCCCGGCCCGUGGGCGCGCAGGGCGCCGGCAGCCCACCAGUGGGGCCAGAGGUCUCCAGGAGCCGUCCAAUGGGGCCACAGGCCUCCAGGAACCAUCCAAUGGGGCCGGAGGUCUCCAGGAACCAUCCAGUGGGGCCAGGGGUCUCCAGGAGCCGUCCAAUGGGGCCACAGGCCUCCAGGAAACAUCUAAUGGUGCUUCGGGGCUCCAGGAACCAUCCAAUGGGGCCGGAGGUCUCCAGGGACCAUCCAGUGGGGCCACAGGCCUCCAAGAACCAUCUAAUGGUGCUUUAGGCCUCCAGGGGCCAUGCAAGGAGACCACAGAGCUCCAAGAACCAUUGAACGAUGCUUUAGGUCCCCAGGAACCAUCAAAUGACACUUCUAGUCUCCAGGAACCAUCAAACGAUGCUUUAGGCCUCCAGGAACCAUCCAAGGAGACCACGGAGCUGCGGGAACCAUCGACCGAUGCUUUAGGCCUCCAGAAACCACCCAAGGAGACCACGGAGCCGCAGGAACCAUCGACCGAUGCUUUAGGCCUCCAGAAACCACCCAAGGAGACCACGAGCUGCGGGAACCAUCGACCGAUGCUUUAGGCCUCCAGAAACCACCCAAGGAGACCACGGAGCUGCGGGAACCAUCGACCGAUGCUUUAGGCGUCCAGGAACCAUCCAAUGACACUUCCAGCCUCCAGGCACCAUCCAAGGAGGCGACGGGUCUCCCAGAGCGGUCCCGGGGGCCGGCGGGAGGCGGCGCCCUGCUGGGGCGGCCU